AUGUGGUCCCAGAGGAACCAACCUCCACGAAAGUCAAUGUGGUUACACAGGGGAACUAACCUCACUGAAGUUCUAUGUGGUCCCAGAGGAACCAACCACACGAAAGAACCAGAGGAACUAACCUCACUGAAAUUCUAUGUGGUCCCAGAGGAAACCAGCCUCCCCGAAUGUCAAUGUGUUUACAGAGGAACUAACCUCACUGAAGUUCUAUGUGGUCCCAGAGGAACCAACCCACACGAAAGUCAAUGUGGUUACAGAGGAACCAACCUCACUGAAGUUCUAUGUGGUCCCAGAGGAACCAACCGAAUGUCACGAGGAAAAGUCAAUGUGUCCCAGAGGAACCAACCUACCCGAAGGAACUUAACCUCACUGAAGUUCUAUGUGGUCCCAGAUGAACCAACCUCCCCUGACCAAUGUGGUUACAGAGGAACUAACCUCACUGAAGUUCUAUGUGGUCCCAGAGGAACCAACCUCCGAACGUCAGUGUGGUUACAGAUGAAGUUCUAUGUGGUCCCAGAGGAACCAACCUACACGAAAGUCAAUGUGGUUACAGAGGAACCAGUUCUGAAGUUCUGUGGUCCCAGAGGAACCAACCUACACGAAAGUCAAUGUGGUUACAGAGGAACCAACCUCACUGAAGUUCUAUGUGGUCCCAGAGGAACCAACCUCCCGAAAGUCAAUGUGGUUACAGAGGAACCAACCUCACUGAAGUUCUAUGUGGUCCCAGAGGAACCAACCUCACACGAAAAUGUGGUCCCGUUACAGAGGAACUAA